AAACUUUCUUUCCCCUCCUCUGCUGGUUCUUUGGAACUGUCUUCUCUCACAAACGUGCUUUUGGCUGAAAAGAAUAGAUAUUUGAUUUCUCAUUCAGGAUAGCUGCUACUGCUUUGAGGCAACCCUCCAGUGCUUAAGAGCUUAAAAGAUACCCAGGAGAAGGUGCUGGAAGAACAUGAACAACUUGGUUCUAUCUCUUGCUCCUAAAUUUACCAAAUUGCUAACUCUCGUGCUACGCCAAGAAAAUCCGCAGCUUGAGGACACUGCUGUUGAGACGAUUGCGAAAUUCUGUCAUGAUCUGCAGGAUCUGGACCUCAGCAAAAGUUUCAAGCUUGGUGAUCGCUCAUUGUAUGCUUUGUCCCAUGGUUGUCGUAAUCUUACAAAACUUAACAUCAGUGGCUGCACAUCAUUCAGUGAUGAAGGUCUUGAAUAUUUGACUAAAUUUUGUCGAAAACUAAAAAUAUUAAAUCUCUGUGGAUGCAUUAAAGCUACAACUGACUGCGCAUUGCAGGCUAUUGGACAGAACUGCAAUAUGUUGCACUCUUUAAAUCUGGGAUGGUGUGACAACGUUGGUGAUCUAGGAGUUACGAGUCUAGCAUAUGGAUGCCCUGAUCUCAGAUGCCUUGACUUGUGUGGCUGUGUCCGCAUAACAGAUGAUAGCGUGAUUGCUUUGGCGAGUGGAUGUCUCCAUUUGAGGUCGCUUGGUCUGUACUAUUGCCGGAAUAUCACAAACAGGGAAAUGUACUCACUGGCUCACAGCCGAGUGAAGAACAAGGCUUCAAUUUGGCAGCCGAUGAAGGGUAGAUAUGAUGAGGAAGGUCUUAGAAGUCUGAAUAUAAGCCAGUAUACUGCACUGACUCCUUCAGUUGUUCAGGCAUUAUGUGACACGUUCCCCGCUCUUCACACCUGCUCUGGAAGGCAUUCCCUCGUCAUGAGCGGCUACUUGAACUUAACGUCCGUGCAUUGCGCUUGUGCGGUCCAAUCACACCGCACACUAAACAGUAUUCUCCAUACAGCUCAUUGAAAGGGGACGUUAAAUCUAAUGUUGAUAUUGUAAGUAAAUGUACUACAAGGUCUUAGAAAUCUUCAGGCGUUGUGAUCUGGUCUGUUGAGUUGUGAAUUAUGCAGUGUUUCUCUUUCGGAAGCCAAACUUUGCCGUUUUCACAUUGCUUAUGGUCUUAAUGAUGAAUUUGGGACUUUCUCAAUCGUAAAUAUAAAAUUAGU